GCAUUCGCAGGAGCAGGUUGUUGCACCAUCCACUUGAGUUGAAGGUAUCGGACACUUACUAAACUAACUAACUACCCUUAAAUCUUAAGAACAUCGACUUCUUUCCCUUUUUAGUCAAGCAUCAUCAAAACAAUCCUUUUCAAAAUUCAAACUUUCUCUCUCCUUUUUCCUCCCAAAUUCCCCUGAGGAGGAGAAGUCUUCGAUUCCCUCUUUCCCUUCUCUUUCUCUCUCCUCCUCUUGGGAAAGAGUUUUUGAUUUUCCUUCUCCAAUGGCUUUUGAAAGUUACACUGACAAAAAUGCCGUUUUCCGGAAGCUCAAAGCUAAAUCCGAGAAUAAGAUGUGUUUUGAUUGUAAUGCGAGGAACCCUACUUGGGCCUCAGUGACGUAUGGAAUCUUCCUUUGUAUUGAUUGCUCUGCGGUUCAUCGGAGCCUUGGUGUUCAUAUCAGUUUCGUCAGGUCUACAAACUUGGAUUCAUGGUCACCUGAACAGUUAAAGAUGAUGUACUUUGGGGGAAACAACCGUGGUCAUACCUUUUUUAAGCAGCAUGGCUGGACUGAUGGAGGCAAGAUUGAAGCCAAAUAUACAUCAAGAGCUGCUGAUUUAUACAGACAGAUUCUGGCAAAAGAAGUUGCUAAAAGUGCUGCUGAAGAUUCUGGCUUACCUUCUUCACCAGUGGCUUCACAGUCAGCACAGGAACCUAACGGAUUCUUUGAUGCCAACAUUAGUGAAGUUCGAAAAGAAAGUAUCACAGAAAAGAAGGAAACACCUGAAUUACCUGCUUCUCCAAGAGCUCAUUCUAUUAUUAUUUCUUCUGUCAAAAAACCUCUUGGAGCGAAGAAAGUGGGGAAGAGUGGAGGACUCGGUGCCAGAAAGCUCACAAAAAAGCCAAAUGAGGAUCUUUAUGAACAGAAACCAGAGGAGCCUCCUGCUUCUGUUGCUGCCACAAGUACUAAUCCUCUUCCAAUUGGAUCAGUUUUUCCAUCUCGCUUCGAAUAUGUUGAAAACAGUAAUAUAUCAGCUAAAAGCUCUGAAGGUUCUCAUGUAAUUAGCCAUGUUGCACCACCCAAGACGUCAAACUUCUUUUCGGACUUUGGUAUGGAAAGUGGUUUCAACAAAAAAGGAAGCUCAAAUCCAUCAAAAGCACCGGUAGAAGAAACUGACGAGGCCAGGAAAAAGUUCUCAAAUGCUAAAUCAAUUUCCUCUUCUCAAUACUUUGGAGACCAGACUAGAGCCGGUGACGUGGAUGCCCGGGCAUCCUUGUCGAAAUUUUCUGGAUCAAGUGCCAUUUCUAGUGCUGAUCUUUUUGGACACGAUUCUGAUGCUAAUCUUGAUAUAUCUGCAAGUGAUCUUAUCAACCGCUUAUCAUUUCAGGCACAGCAAGAUUUAUCGUCGUUAAAGAAUAUUGCAGGCGAAACAGGGAAGAAGCUGGGUACCCUGGCAUCAUCAUUGAUAACUGAUCUUCAGGAUAGAAUCCUAUAAUGUAAUCUCUAUUCAUUUGAUAACCAUCGAGAAAUACAAGGAGAGAUUUAUUUAGCGAUGUAUAAUGAGUUUUUCUGUCAGAGUCUUUGGAACACUGAAUAAGAUUUUGGCUUUCGUUUUCAGUUUCCUAUGUGCUUGCUUAGCAUAAUUGUGUAGUGAGGAACUGAUUGUGUUUAUUCUAAUGAAUCGUCUUUGCCAUCUUAAGUUGGUUAUUCCUUGGAGGUCAUCCACGCUUUUUUCCUUUUUCCCACGCCUAUGGAUAUGUGAUUCGUUUUUGCUGGCAUUAUUUUUUUUAUUGCUGGUGUUAAGACUUGUUGAUAUAGAGGAGAAUAUUGUUUGUAAUCAGGAUUUUUAGGUCUUAAUGUAAUUUGACUUAUUCUAAUUUGAUUGGAUUCCUUGUGAUGAACCAAAAAGACGAGAUUCAAGCAUAAUUGAAUUGCUCUCCGCCAAAACUAUAACUCUCUUGGGCUUCUUAGGCACCUUCUCCUGUGUUUGAGAAAAUAAGGUAUAAUUAAAAACCGGUUCUUAAUGUCUUGUUUGUUAAGAACAAAGUGCUGUUUAGAAGAUUGACUUACUGCUUCACACAAAUUAGAAGCCCAGAAGAAAUGGACUUUGGGCAAUUUCUAAAAAAAGGAGAGUGAAAUGAAUCACCAAAUUUUGAUGUUGAGAAUUCAUCUUUUCUGGCUUUUUGUCAUAUCCUUGCCUGUUUCACCCAUAUAAAUUUGCUAAGGAAAGAUUCUUCAGAAAUUGAUUUUUUUUUUUUUUUUUUUUUU